CUGAGAUCUAUCCUUUGAUUGAUCCUCUGCUUGCCGAUGGCAGACCUGCUGCACGAAGUAUUGCAUGAUGCUCUAGCCGACUGUAGGAUCGUCAUCCAGGCUGAUAGUCCGCCAUCAUCCCGCCAUGCACGGAGGUUCAAAGAGUGACAGAGCAAGUUUGCCGGAGUCUAUUUUAUGCAACCUGAUGCAAGUGCAACCCCAAGUUGCGCACGGCCGGCUGGGUUUUGCCGUUGGUCUGAUUCGCCUUUCGAAGGCGAUUCCAACUAUACCUUAACGUUUCAGCGGUGAAUAAAAUAAUUUAUGAGCCUGAUGUGACCCCAGAUCAACCGAGGCUGCGUGAUAGCAAUACAGAUCCAGAACGGGUUCCACGCUAGGGAGAGAAAUGGUUUUCCUACCACCCCCUUUUAUUAGUCUCUCAUAUUGAAACCAGGUAGAUCACACUCUGCAUACCGAAGAAGAAGAAAAACCGGAAUCCCUUCCCAAAACACUUGGGUCAUCUGCAUUCACCGGCAGGCGUUGACCGUUAACCAAGCUAGUCACUUCGUCAUGUCGAGCAAUUCCUCCGGGGAAGGGUACUGCAGAAUCGCACAUGGUGUCACCGAAAGCAUGGCAAAUGACGAGGCUUCUUGGGAGUUCUCAGCUUUGGGAAAUAUUCCUGGCCAAUAGCAUGAAUUUUAUGCUAAAUAUGACUACCUAGGGGUGGUGGGUGCUUUGGGGGAGUUGAACCUUCUUUUUUCUUUUCAUAUUUGUCAUUACUUCCUCAAACGCAACUAACCUAGAUUAGAAAUGUCUCUAUAGUUAUCAAAGGUUUCGAGGAAAAAGCCAUGAGAUACCUUGUUUAAAGUUUUAUGUGUUUUCCUCCCCGAACCACUUCGGAUCGCCCUCCAUCUUCGGUAUGGAUUGCAAUUCUACUCCCACUUCCUCCUGGGAUAUUCAUCCGCAUAUUAUCGGUGUCGAGCCGGCGAGCAUGUCAGUUUGGAUGAUCACGAAGAUAAUUCCAUAUCAUACGGCAUGGCACAAAGCCCUUCUUCAGCCGUUCUGCCGCUCAGAACCCCGUAGUUCAGGCUCUACGCACGAUAACCGAGCCCAUCUAGUCUGCAUGGGAUAAACAACAUAAAACAUCCUAUUCUUUUCCUUCAAACAGAAAGUGGGGAACCUCGCCUUCUUAAGUUGGUCAAACGUAAUUUCCUCCCAGGGGCGUCUGGGUCUGUUUUUCGCAUUUCGUUGUCUUUCUCUGUUCAGCAUACUUUUGUGUAUGUUACACCUAGGCACAGCGGGUAGGCCAAAAAUAUAGUACACUGCUUAGAUUCUUUUUUUUUUUUUUUUCCCCUCUCUCGCCCCAGCUGCGAGAUCUCGGUUCCUCUGGACCUUGUAUCAGUUGCUCAAAUCACUGAUUUCCUCCCAAAUCGAAGUUUUGUGCCCGUUCCCGUUCGCACUUCUCAAGUUAUAAAUGUAUGUUGAACAUUUUCCAUGCCUGCUGCUUCCUGUCAUUUACGUGAUAUAAUCAAUCGCCAUCCAUUUUAUUUUUCUCCUUGAUUUGAUUGAGUCGUCAGCCUAGCCAGUUCAAAGUUCAUCCAAAUCAUAUUCCCUUUGUGUCACCCAGAUCUUAUGAUCCAUCUCAUGUAGUAUUGUUGUCUUGUUUUGAUCUACCGAGACAUCUGGACUAGAUCAUGAUGAUGCAGAGACCAUGGGUUAAUUUAACCUCAUAGUUCUGCUGCAUCUUUGUCUUCUCCUUCUAUUUGAGUUGGUUGGGUUUUUCAUAUUCCCCGAAUGCCCUAACGUUCUUCCUCCUCUCCUAUCUUCUUUCUACUUAAGUGUAUUCUUUGAUACUCGCACCUGCCUAGGGCCCAUACAUGGGCAAUGAACAAGCGUGCCCUUUCCCUCAGCCCAUCUAUAGCAGAUCAGAAUCUGUAACUAAGCAAAUAUCACCCUGCCAUCUCUUUGUGUUUUGAACGAUGCGUUUCAAACGUCUAAUAGUUCAAUAUUCCCUUGCAUGUCCUCCAGGGAAAUUUUUGCUCUCUGAACAUUCACAUAACUCUUGAUUUCCCUCCCAGACUCAGACCCUGACCAUGAUUCCAGCGCUGGCAUUUAUCCUUGCCGUAAUCUCAUCGGCAAUAGGUACGUCGCCUCGAAUCCCCUUCGACAACACGGCUGCCCCCUUCUCCAAGCGAGCCAUGGACGAGCUUUCCACAAGUCUCUCCGUCACCAUCGGGUUGCCCUGCACGAACUCAGUCUUAAACCCAGCGGACCCUCUCGAGCUUACAGUUUCAGUCCACAAUAACAAUCCAAAUCAAGCCGUUACUCUCUUAAAGUGGAACACCCCACUUGACCCGCAAGCCAACGUGCUUGGAGUCUUCGAAGUCCGUGAAGCCGAGUGCGGUACACCUGUGGACUCCUUAGUCGCCAAGAUAUCUCGAAAACUGCCCCCAACCCCAGAGGAUCUAGUUGAAAUACCGGCCAAUGGCGUGAAAGAAGUUCAAGUUACGUUACGCCCGAUGGGUUUCAGUGCUGGUCACCAGUAUAAGAUCUCCGCGAAGGGAAGAUGGCAGGCAUUGUGGGCGGCUGGCCUCGAUGAUGUGAUAGCGACGGAUUCGGUGAAUAUGGCCUGUGCUACAUCCGGCAAUUUCGAGUCGAACGUGGUUAUGGUGUCGUUUAAGUGAGGAGGAAACUGUUCAUUGUUUUGAAGUUAUAUUAGUUUAUAGUGCUUGAAGGCCGGCGAAAUUCUCAUUGUUGCGCGGGUACCAGGGGGUUCCCUAUUUAAUUACCCGAUUUUCAGCGUUAUUUCUCUCUAAACAAUGGUGGUGCAGAUGUAUGGAUUCACAGACAUGCGUAAAAG